CCUUGCGCGUGGGGCGCUGAGCAGAGAGGCGCGGAGGCGGCGAGGGUGCGCGGGGGGCUUAGGGGGUAGCUCGGCGUCGUCUCCCCGCCACCCGCCGCACCAUGGGCAGCGCGGAGGACGCAGUCAAAGAGAAACUGUUGUGGAACGUGAAAAAGGAGGUGAAGCAAAUCAUGGAGGAGGCUGUCACCAGGAAGUUUGUGCAUGAGGAUAGCAGCCACAUCAUUGCUCUGUGUGGUGCAGUAGAGGCUUGCCUCCUACAUCAGCUGAGACGCCGUGCUGCCGGCUUCCUGCGCAGUGACAAGAUGGCAGCCCUGUUCACCAAGGUGGGGAAGACGUGCCCAGUGGCUGGGGAGAUUUGCCACAAGGUACAAGAACUACAGCAACAAGUAGAGGGCAGGAAGCCUUUGGCGGGCAACCAGGAUGCCCUACGGAGACAGGGCUCUGCCAGCGGGAAGGCCCCGGCUCUCAGUCUGCAGGCCUUAAAGCACAUAUGGGUGCGCACAGCGCUCAUCGAGAAAGUGUUGGACAGGGUCAUGCAGUACCUCGUGGAGAACUGCAGCAAGUACUACGAGAAGGAGGCGUUACUGGCAGAUCCUGUGUUUGGCCCCAUCUUGGCCUCACUUCUAGUGGGACCUUGUGCCUUGGAGUACACCAAGCUCAAGACAGCUGAUCACUACUGGACUGACCCCUCUGCUGAUGAGCUGGUCCAGAGGCAUCGUAUCCGGGGCCCUCCUAAUCGCCAAGACUCCCCAGCAAAGCGCCCAGCCUUAGGAAUUCGGAAGCGGCAUUCAAGUGGCAGUUCAUCAGAGGACAGGCUAGCUGCCUGCGCCCGUGAGUAUGUGGAGUCCCUGCACCAGAAUUCAAGGAUACGGCUACUCUAUGGCAAGAACAACGUGCUGGUGCAGCCAAAGGAGGACAUGGAGGCUGUCCCUGGCUACCUCUCCCUGCACCAGUCUGCAGAAAGCCUAACUCUGAAGUGGACUCCCAACCAGCUCAUGAACGGGACUCUGGGGGACUCCGAGCUGGAGAAAAGCGUUUAUUGGGACUAUGCCCUGGUUGUGCCCUUCAGUCAGAUCGUCUGCAUCCACUGCCACCAGCAAAAGAGCGGCGGCACACUUGUGCUGGUGAGCCAAGAUGGCAUCCAGAGGCCCCCACUGCACUUCCCACAGGGAGGACACCUGCUGUCCUUUCUGUCCUGCCUGGAGAAUGGGCUUCUGCCCCAAGGACAGCUAGAGCCCCCACUCUGGACCCAGCAAGGGAAGGGGAAAGUGUUCCCUAAGCUACGGAAACGUAGCAGCAUGCGGACUGUGGAUGUGGAGGACAUGGGCACCAGGCAGGCCACAGACUACGUGUUCCGAAUCAUUUACCCUGGCCACAGGCAUGAACACAUCACUAUUAACUACCACCACCUAGCGGCCAGCCGCGCGGCCUCGGUGGACGAUGAUGAGGAAGAGGAGGAUAAACUGCACGCGAUGCUCUCAAUGAUCUGCUCGCGGAACCUCACAGCUCCCAAUCCGAUGAAAGAUGCUGGUGACAUGAUCGAAAUGCAGGGCUUUGGGCCCAGCCUGCCAGCCUGGCACCUGGAGUCCCUGUGCAGCCAGGGCUCCUCCUGCCUCUCCUGCUCCACCAGCAGCUCCCCAUAUGCAACCCCCAGCCACUGCAGCUGUGUCCCCGACCGGUUGCCCCUCAGGCUGCUGUGUGAGAGCAUGAAGAGGCAGAUUGUUUCCCGGGCCUUCUAUGGCUGGCUGGCCUACUGCCGCCACCUGUCCACGGUGCGGACCCAUCUGUCAGCUCUGGUGCGUCACAACAUCAUCCCGCCGGCCCGGCCCCCAGGGGCUUCAGGAGGCCUCACUAAAGAUGUGUGGAGCAAAUAUCAGAAGGAUGAGAAGAACUACAAGGAACUGGAGCUGCUACGGCAAGUUUACUAUGGAGGCGUGGAGCAUGAGAUCCGUAAGGAUGUCUGGCCCUUUCUGCUCGGCCACUACAAGUUUGGCAUGAGCAAGAAAGAGAUGGAGCAGGUGGACUCAACAGUGGCAGCAAGGUAUAAACGAGUGCUGGCAGAGUGGAAGGCCUGCGAGGCUGUGGUGAGGCAGCGGGAGCGGGAGGCUCAGCCAACCACCCUCACCAAGUUCUCCUCGGGCAGCAGUAUCGACAGUCAUGUGCAGCGCCUCAUCCACCGAGAUUCCACCAUCAGCAAUGACGUAUUUAUCUCUGUGGAUGACCUGGAGCCCCCACCGCCCCCGGGCACUGAAGAUUGCAGAGCUGAGCCUGAGCAGGAGCUGGGAGCAGGGCCCUUGGGCUCCACCGUGGUGGGACAACAGCAGUCCGUGGAGUUUGACUCUCCAGACUCAGGACUGCCAUCCUCUCGCAAUUACUCUGUGGCCUCAGGCAUCCAGUCGAGCAUAGAUGAGGGGCAGAGCAUGGGCUUCGAGGAGGAGGAUGGCGGUGGGGAGGAAGGCUCCAAUGGGCCAGUCCCAGCAGCCGGUGCUUUCUCCGAGUCCCAAGAUCCCAGCCAGCAGAAGGCCCCGCAGGCUAGGGAGCUGGAGGCAGGGGAGGAGCUUGCGGCCGUGUGCGCUGCUGCCUACACUAUAGAAUUACUGGAUACUAUGGCCUUAAAUCUGCACCGCAUAGACAAGGAUGUACAGCGCUGUGACCGCAAUUACUGGUACUUCACGACCCCCAACCUCGAGAGGCUCCGAGACAUCAUGUGCAGCUACGUGUGGGAGCACCUGGACAUAGGCUAUGUGCAGGGCAUGUGCGACCUGCUGGCACCUCUCCUGGUCAUCCUUGACAACGAUCAGCUGGCCUAUAGCUGUUUCAGCCACCUCAUGAAGAGGAUGAGCCAGAACUUCCCCAAUGGGGGCGCCAUGGAUACCCACUUUGCCAACAUGCGCUCCCUCAUUCAGAUCCUGGACUCCGAGCUGUUCGAACUGAUGCAUCAGAAUGGAGACUACACCCACUUUUACUUCUGUUACCGCUGGUUCUUGCUGGAUUUUAAGAGAGAGCUGGUAUAUGAGGAUGUGUUUGCUGUGUGGGAGGUGAUCUGGGCAGCCCGGCACAUCUCAUCAGAGCACUUUGUCCUGUUCAUCGCACUGGCCCUGGUGGAGGCCUACCGUGAGAUUAUCCGGGACAACAAUAUGGACUUCACCGAUAUCAUCAAGUUCUUCAAUGAACGGGCUGAGCAUCAUGAUGCCCAGGAGAUCCUGCAGAUCGCCCGUGACCUCGUCCACAAGGUGCAGAUGCUCAUAGAGAACAAGUGAGGGCUGCGGCCAGGAAGCAGCAGCCAACGAGAGCCUGGGCUCCGGGCCCCCAGGCCCGACAGGGAGAGGUGUGGGGCAGCUGAGACUGCCAGACCCCCAGCUGGCCCCGCCUGCCCACCUGUGUUCCUACUAACAAAGUGCUUGUGAGCCUGGGAUUCGACUCCAGGCGGUGCUGGCCCUGUAAGGGCAAGUCAGGGGGCCUGGAUGCCUUGGUCCAGGCAGGGCAGGGGUGGGAGGUCAGCCUCAGGGAGUGGCUGCCUUGGGGGACACCUACUCUAUUCCCCUCUCAAACACCUGAGACUAGCCCCCCCGUCACCUGCAUCCUCAGCCUGGACUGCUCCUCAUGGCCUCUCCUAGGUCGGCCUGGGCCCUAUAGAGUAACGGGGCUGUAGCUGCCUGGCCCCACCUGGCAUGGGUCAUGUAGGUGAACCAACAACUCUGCACUGUAUCUCUUCUUCAAUUCCCUUUGCAGGCAGAGUGCACAUACCCACCCCAGCCCCAGUGGGGGCAGCCAGAACAGCUACCAAUUCAGGCAUGUGUCCCUGGUGCAGGAGACUGUGAGGCAGUCAGAUGUGGGCCCCAGGUGGGAGCAGCCCACCUCAGCAGCACUGCCACUGCCUUUGGCCACCUGACCAAAGGUGACCCCGUGCAUUGCCCAUCUGUACAGAACGCCCACAUGGCAUCUGUACGGUUUCACUCUCACAACCUGGCUCUUGCUUUAUACAUUAGUUGCUUCCCUGACAACUGUGUAAGUGACACUUAAGCCAGCCAGAUGAUCUGCAAUGCAGUGGGAGCACUCACUGUCAAGAGGAAUCCCAGGGUGAUUCUUUAGGGAGGAAAUCCUCCCAUAGCGUCCUCUUAGGGAUAGGCUCUGGAGCUUUGGAGCAGCCCAUUGCCUGUCUCAGGCAUCUGCUGAGUCCCUGGAUCUGGAGGAAGAGGAGGAUGACUGGGUCUUCCCUGUGUGUCCCUGGUGAGAAGCAAGGCUAGCUCUGCCUGCCACGUGCUUCUCAAGGUGUGGAGAAGCCUAGAGACCCAGAAAUCCUUUUGGAGGAGCAUCACUCAUAGGGAUGCUAGGAAGGGCCUACCUCCUAGGCACGCUGCUUGCUCUGUCAUCCCCACUUCCCCUCUACCACUCAACACAAGAGGCUAAGGCUUUGCCCUGGGGCCAGGAGGCCACUCUGCCACAGGGGCAAGGUCCUGUCCAGUAGUCACCUAGAUCUGGAGACUUCUGGCAUUUGAGAAACAAGGAAAGGGCCCAGCAGCCCUGCUGCAUCCAGCACAGUCUCCCCAGCCCACCCCUGUCCUGGGCACUGCACAACCUUCCUAGGGGCCAGCUGCCCCACUGCCUAACCCCCCUUGUUUGUGAGUCCUUGGCUGCCACCAAGCAUGGUGGCCAUUGUGUGCCUGCCUUAGUGACUCAGUGGUUUCGUGAGAGGCAAAGUAUGUAUGUUUUUUGUUUGUUUGUUUGGCUCAGAAACUAUACUCAUCAGUGUUAACAGACCAAUAAACACAGCAUUUGGCAACA